CAGACCAACAGGUAUUAUAGAGUAAACGUUGCUAGGGCAGUAUUGAUAGACUUAAACUAUACCGGAAAUUUUCCUUUAGUUACUAAGACAGCUAUAGUUGAUCAUCGUUUUAAAUUUAAGCCAUUUCAUCCAGUUCUUUACAGAA